AAAUCAAUUUAAUUCAAUUGAAUUAUCUAUCAAUAUGAAACUUAUCAGUUGAUAGUUGGGAGCGGACCUAAACCAUCUUCAAAAGUCUUUGUGAUUGAGAAGGACAGUUUUCAUUAACCAUAAUUCAGGACUCCAUUGACCAUUUUCACCAAUCAAAUUUUUCUCUUUUUCCAAUCAUGUUAAUUAAUUUUUGCUUCAAUUGUGUAUCAUCAAACCAAAUCAUUACCAAGUAAAAGCCUUCUUUCAAACGUUUCUGACAAUUUACAAUUUACAAAUCAAUUGAUCCACUGGACUUUUUGGACAACAAUUUUCUAAAAUAAAUCAACUUGUUUUGUUUGCUUUUAAACUGUAACAUUUGAUUAGCCAAAAAGUUUGCUUUUGGUUGAAAAUGAAGGAUUCAAUUGCCGUUGAUCGAGCCGAUCCAAGAGAUGAAGACGAUUUCAUUAUUGAGACUGUAGCCGAUUCUAGUGAAACCAAUUCAAUUAAAACAGGAACUUCAACACUAGCUGAAUCCAAUGAAAACAUACACAGUUUAACGCCUUUACCGAGACAAUCCCAUUUACGGUCAACUCCUGUCCUACGUCGAGCUUCAACAUCUUCAAUAAAUUUCAACAGUACCAGUAAAUCACCUUGUGCUUUACCAUUACCGAUUGACCAGUCAACUAAGUCUCCUUAUCACACCAAUAAUUUACUGAUAUCAACAAUUUCACACCAGGCCAACCUAUCAGAUUCCAUGUCCUCAUUGCCUUACUCUUAUCAGGGUAAAUACACCAAUACCGGCGUCAAUACUAACUAUGGGGGUAACUAUGGACGUAAAGCAUCUAUUGUCAUAUCAAAUCUGCGUCGAUCAUCAGUCCAAGUUGUCAUUUCUGUAUGGACCUCAUUUCGAGGAAUCUUCUUUGCUUUCCUAUCAGCCGUCUUUUUUUCCAUCACCUCAGCCAUAGUUAAACAUUUAUCAGAAAUUCAUCCAGGAAUAAUGUCGUGUUUCCGUUUCAUUGGAAUCCUUUUGUUUUCCCUUCCAAUGGUCUCCGAAGUUGGAUUCCGUAACAUUUUAGGUCCACGAGAGUUACGAUUUUGGGUACUACUUCGUGGUAUUGCUGGAGCUACUUCAGUCUAUCUGCGUUAUUGUGCCCUUCAAUAUCUUCCCAUAGCCAAUGCAACCAUCAUUGUCCUAUCAAUGCCAGUUUUUGUUUGCAUCUUGGCUCGUGUUUUCCUCAAAGAGCCUUGUGGUAUUUUUCAUGUCAUCGCUCUUGCAGUAACUCUGUUGGGAAUCGCAUUCACGGCUAAACUUAAUGUCAUCUUUGGUUCAUCUGAGGAAGAAGCUGCUGAUGCUGGUAUUGACAAGACUGCUCAUCUUUUGGGCUUAGCCGCUGGAAUGGGGGCCACUUUGGUUGGAUCGUCAUCCUAUGUGAUUGUCCGUAAAGUUAAAUGUCUAGACCAGUCGAUAAUCUUAUUCAACUUUGCUUGGGUGGCCAUAAUUGAGAGCUCGAUAAUAACUUAUUUCCAAGAUGGUAUUCAACUACCGACCACCGUAAUAGGAACCUGGCUUCUUGUAAUUUUAACAGUUGCCUCUUUUUACGCUCAAUUUUUAUUAACUAAAGCACUUAAAUGUGAAGAAGCUGGUCUAGUAUCAGUCACUCGAGCAUCAUCUGAAGUUAUCUUUGCUUUCUUAACGCAAAUUUUUAUAUUUCAAUCAAUGCCUGAUUGGUAUUCUUAUGUUGGCGCUUUCCUGGUAACAACAGCAGUUUCAUUGACCAGCAUUCGCAAAUAUAUUGUUACACUACCAAAGGAUAGUAUUUGGAGACGUUUAUUUGCAUUCACAUUAAAAUAACAAGUGGAACCUCCGAUCAUGACUUAUCGCAAAUUUAUUUUCACUGUUUACGAUAAAUUCAAUUCACAUUUAAAGACUCAAAUUCUGAAUUAAAAAUUUUGUCAGAUGGACAAUCGUGGAUGAAAUUGACUUCAAAUUUAUCGUUUGGUCUCUUUUAGUUGAGGCACCAAAUUAUUAACCAAACUCUUUACUUAAAAGACUGUUUUACAUAUAUUCCUAGUCCAACAAUAAACCAUCAAACUAAA